AUGAGAUUAGGAGAUGUAAGAGCCAAUGACCAGAAGAACCAAGCCAUAGCCCUCAUGGAACAGGCCGAGUGUGAUAUCACUCAAGCUUGUGGAUAUGAAGAGUGGACGAAUUUACAACAGGUGUUAGCUCCUCAGUAUCGACUGAAAAUAUUUCAGUUCAAGUCUACUUCAACUAAACUCACCUUAGAGCCUAUUUACAAAGGUUGGGGAGACGGAACUUAUUUGAACAUUUUGUUAGACGACCAUCAUUACGAUGCCAUUCUAUCGAUGCCGGGAGUGACGGGGAACCCCUAUUACUGUGAUCAUUGCGACGUGGGGUACAGGACUGUCACAGAACAUCGCUCCAAGUGUCCUCAUCGCUGUCCCUUUUGUUUAGGACAACACCCUAAAUGUCCCGAUGAAGGGAUCAAGAUUCGAUGCCAGGAAUGCCAUGGAAUUUUUAAGAACAGGACCUGCUACGAAAAUCAUUUAAGACCCCAUAGUAAGAAGACCACCACUACUGUCUGCAAUUUAAUGGAACAAUGCGAGAAGUGUCAGUCUUGGAUACCUUAG